AUUGAAUGAAAAAUAUACACACACAUGUUCAAACUACUGUAAAUAGAGUGAAUUGGUUAUAAUUCACGUGUUCGUUUUGAAAAAUUUAGUUUUGUUACUAAUUGCUGAGUAAAAUACCAAAAUGGGGCGAAAAGCGAAGUUUGAUGAAACAGUUGUUCCAAAAGGUCCUGGAAGAAAGGCAAAGAAACAGGGAGACCCAACAUUUCCAAAAGGAGUAUUAGUAAAAGAAGAAAAAAUCUUGAGCCAUAGGCAAAAGCAACGUGUAAAAAAACGAUUGUCGAAGAAGCAAAACCUAAAAGAGUUACAGAAGAAACAGAAAAAAGCAAAAGAUAUUGUAAAGAAAAAUAACCUCAAGGACAAUUCUAAACAGCUGAAAAAGAAGAAGAAACCUCCUAAUGUGGUAUCAUUUGCGAAUGACAAUGAAAGCGAUGAAAAUGAACAAAUGCAAUUUGACAAUGAUAGUAACAUAUCUGAUGAAGAAACAAUGGAAAACAAAAAGAAGUCAAAAAGUACGAAGAUGAAGUUGAUGGACAGCGAUGUAGAGGAUGAAAGUGAUGCUGCGGAUGAAAGUGAUGCAGCUGAAGAUAAUAAAGAAUAUAACGGUAGUGAUGAAUCUGAUGAAAAUGAGGAAAUGGAUCAAGAUGAAGAAGAAGCAGUAGAAGAUGACGAUGAUUUACUUCCUAUAGAGAAAGCAAAUAAGAGAUUAAAAAAGAAACAACAAAAAGAACAAAAAUUAGCUGAAGAAGAAAUGACUGAUAUGAUGUCGCAACAGUUUAUAUUUAAUUUUCCCACUGAAGAAGAACUCGAAAAUGUUACCAGUCUUAAAGAUGUGCAACAACGUAUAAAAGAUGUUGUUAUGAUACUAUCUGAUUUUAAGAGAUUGCGUGAUGUUAAUAGGUCUCGUUCGGAAUACAUGGACCUGUUGAGAAAAGAUUUAUGUACAUAUUAUAGCUAUAAUAAUUUCUUAAUGGAGAAGUUGAUGCAAAUAUUUCCCCUAGACGAAUUGUUAGAAUUUUUGGAAGCGAGCGAGGUUCAAAGACCUAUGACGCUACGAGCGAAUACAUUAAGAACACGCCGUCGGGAUUUAGCUGAAGCUCUAAUCAACAGAGGGGUCAAUUUAGAUCCUAUAGGGAAAUGGACAAAAAUUGGAUUAGUGGUAUACUCUUCGCAAGUUCCAAUGGGUGCAACACCAGAGUAUCUAGCCGGACAUUACAUUCUACAAGGAGCAUCUAGUUUCCUACCCGUAAUGGCUUUAGAACCCAAGGAGAACGAAAGGAUUCUCGACAUGUGCGCUGCACCCGGCGGAAAAUCGUCGCACAUAGCAGCGCUUAUGAAAAACACGGGUGUACUGUUUUCAAAUGAUGUGAACGUAGAAAGAAUAAAGGCCGUUGUCGGUAAUUUCCACCGACUCGGCAUUGUGAAUUCUGUAGUUUCCACUCAUGAUGGACGAAAGUUACCAUCGAUUAUUAAAGGCUUUGAUAGGGUUUUAUUAGAUGCACCGUGUACUGGUACUGGAGUUGUAUCAAAAGAUCCUAGCGUUAAAACGAAUAAAGACGAAGUGGACAUACAACGUUGUUGUACAUUACAAAGAGAAUUACUUUUAGCAGCUAUAGACUGCGCUAAUGCGCGUUCGGAAUCUGGUGGAAUUAUCGUUUAUUCUACGUGUUCGAUUCUCCCGGAAGAAAACGAAUGGGUUAUCGAUUAUGCUCUUAGGAAACGUGACGUUAAGUUAAUACCCACUGGUUUAGAAUUUGGUACCGAAGGUUUCACAAGUUACAGGCAAUACAGAUUUCAUCCUUCGUUAAAAUUAACCAAACGAUUUUAUCCGCAUGUACAUAAUAUGGAUGGAUUUUUUGUAGCAAAAUUAAAGAAAUUUUCUAAUAUUAUUCAGAAAAAGAAAGUUACAGAAGAAGAAUCAGCAGUUGAUUAAAAUUAUU